UCAUUCUGGUGGCCUGUGCCGUGGUACCCUCCAGCAAGGCUGCACCAGGGACACACCCCACAGCCCGACUGGCACGGAAGAUCAUUGCACUGUUGGAUUUUUGCCAAUCUGCUUGGCGAAGACAGUUCGUGAUUUGCAGUUUUCUCAUUAGGAAUAAAAUUUUUCUUUUGUUUUCUUUUUUAAGACAGGUCCAUUCUGUUGCCCAGGCUGGAGUGCAGUGGAGUGAUCUCACUUCACUGCAGCCUCCACCUCCUGGGUUCAAACGAUUCUCCUGCCUCAGCCUCCCGAGUAGCUGGUACUACAGGGGUGUGCCACUAUGCCCGGCUAAUUUUUGUAUUUUUUAAAGUAGAGACGGGGUUUUACCAUGACAGCCAGGCUGGUCUCGAACUCCUGGGCUCAGGCAAUCUGCUCACUUCGGCCUCCCAAAGUGCUGGGAUGUCAGGUGUGAGCCACAGCACUCGGCAGGAAUGAGCCUCUUCGGACACGUGAAGAGCGGUUUCUGGCUUUUUCUUCAAGGUCUCAGUUCAAAGCCUUUGACCAUUUCUCAUAGUUGGAAGAUGGAAAGGACAGAGGCUGAGGAGAGGGAAAGUGUGGGGGAGCAGACCCCCAGCCCCCCAGGUCCUGGAGAAGCCACUGCGCAUGUGACAGCUGUGGACACGGAGGCACAGCGAAAUUAAGGGGGCACCGUGAGUCGGGCUGGCGGAGGUUGGAGCCUGGUCUGCCUGACACCAGGUUCAGCUGAGACCUUCUCCCAGCCCCUUCCUCAGUCUCACUUCUGUCACUAAUACCCUCCAGUCUGCCUCAGGCCCCCAUCACUUCUGGGACCUCAGCCUCCUCCCGAUGUUGGUCACCCAGACACCAGGUUCACUCCAGAGGGAGUUCUUCAGCCAGUGCCCCUCUGCCCACACACCAGCUUUGGCUCCAUGUGACCCCUUCCACCGCCGCCAAUUCCUUCUAUCCUCUCCACUCCUAACCGUGCUAUUCCAGGCAGCUACAUUUUCCCAAGCUCCAGGGACCCCCCCCUCACUGUCCCCUCAAGCAUAGCGGUGCCAUUGUGCAAGAACUCAGUGGGAGAGGCUUAGAGGAGCUUGGAGAGCCAAUGACAGGUUUGGGGAAACUUGGAGAACUCCUACUCAUGCGUUGAAGCCCCAAUGGUAAUGCCUCCUCCUCCAGGAAGCUUCCAGGACACUCCUUCUCUCCGGACCUUCCUUGACUGCAUGGCACUAGGAGUGUCUGUGUUCAGCUCUGCCCUCUCUUAAGACACCUCCUUGAGGAUCUGGCCAGGGUUAAGCCUUCUUGGGGGCCCAGCGUGGGUGAUGUUUGUUGAGUGAAUAAAUGACUGCAUGAGCUGGGAGUCAACUGAGCUGAGAUCUGGAAGCAAGUUGAGGUGGCAGUCAGUUGGAGUGGUAAUAGGGGACAUGAAGUCACUGGGCUCUCUCAAGAGGGAAGUGGGACCCUGGGCCACCCCUCCCCCUCGCCCUCACCCUUCUGUGAGAAACUUAAGGCCCUGCAAGGGGGCGGAUCUCUGUCUUCAUUCUUCCCCUCUGCUCUCCACCCAGACACCAGUUCCUCUUCCCGCUGCUGAGUAGCCGGUGCAGAGCCAGAGGAACGCCGGGGACCCCAGAAGUGUCGAGGAGGGUGCUGGCCGCCGCACCUGGUAUCCAGGUGCCCCAGGACACAGCCCCUGGGUGCUGUGGCUUUUCCUGCAUCGCCGAGGCAAAAGCGUGGCAGUGGGACCCAAAAGGUGGCUUGAAUGGGGAGCGCCCUGGCCUGGACGCUGCUGCUGCAGCUGCUGCUGCCGGAGUCGGGCGGCCGGGACCUGUCGUGCGCCGUCCCCUCCGCGGAUGUGGACUGGAACACGGAGUUCAGUGACACGUGCCUCAACUUCAGCGGGCUCGGCCUGAGCCUGCCCCAGAACCAGUCUCUGCGGGCCCGCCAAGUGCGUCUCUUGGACCUGUCUGCGAACGGGCUGCGGGAGCUCCCAGCAAGCUUCUUCUCCGGCCUGCAGAGGCUUCAGCUCCUGAACGUGCUGCAAAACCCCCUGUCCCGCGUGGACGGAGCGCUGGCCGCCCGCUGUGACCUGGACCUGCAGGCCGACUGCGGCUGCGCCCUGGCGCCCUGGCACCAGGUCCGGAGAGACAACUGCUCUGGCCAGACGCCCCUGCUCUGCUGGGACACAGACACCGGCUCCCAGCGCAACCUCUCUGCCUUCCUGGAGGUCAGCUGUGCCCCUGGCCUGGCCCCUGCGGCCAUCGCGGCGGCGGCGGCCAGCGGAUGCCUGCUCCUCGGGCUCGCCAUCGCUGGCCCCUUGCUGGCCUGGAGACUCCGGCGACGCCGCGCGGCCGGAGGCCGGGACCUGGACAAGCCCUGGGCUGCUCAGGAUGGGCCGAAGCCUGGUUCAGGCUCGCAGCCACGGUACAGCAGCCGGAACUCCCGCAAGCCCCAGGUGGUCACCCCACCCCGCCCCUCUACUCCCGACUAUGAAAACAUGUUUGUGGGCCAGCCAGGAGCCGAGCACCAGUGGGCCGAACAGGGGGCUCACCCUUCAGAGGACAGUGACUUUUACAUGAACUACGAGGACGUCAACCUGGCCUCCCAGCCUGUCUACUGCAACCUGCAGUCACUGGGCCGGGCCCCAGUCGAUGACGAGGAGUACGUGAUCCCCGGGCGCUGAGCCCAAGAUGUCCCAACCUCCACCCAGACCCGCUCCAGUCCUUGCCCGGUGACUCAGGGCAUUCCAACCCCUCUCUGGCCUCAGUUUCCCCAUCUGAAGAAUGAGGACAGGAAACAACUAUUUUUGAGGCCCCAGGGGGGCUCUGCCACCCCCUCCCCAUCCCUCACGCCACUCCUCAGCCCCCUCAUCUCCUAGAGGGGGAGGAGGAGAGAUCCCCAACAAGGGGGCAGGAGGGUCACUGUGCGAACCCUGUUGUCACCCUCCUGUGGCUGCGCCCGCCGUGCUGAAUAAAUGCGUUGAGGCUGGCGAGGCUGCUGGCUCAGGGUGAGUGGGUUCCUCAAGGUGAGGAUUUAUGAGCUCCAAGACCAAGUCUCCGUCUGAGACUCUCAAAUUGCUCCCCACCCCAUCCCUCUUUUUUUUUUUUUUUUCCUGAGGCAAAGUCUGUGUCACCCAGGCUGGAGAGCAGUGGCGCAAUCUCGGCUCACUGCAACCUCUGCCUCCUGGGUUCAAGUGAUUUUCCUGCCUCGGCCUCCCCAAGUAGCUGGGAUUAUAGCGCCCACCGCUAUACCUGGCGAAUUUUUAUAUUUUUAGUAGAGACAGGGUUUCACCAUGAACUCCUGACCUCAGACGAUCCACCUGCCUCAAUCUCCCAAAAUGCUGGGAUUACAGGUGUGAGCCACCGCGCCCAGCUUCUUUCUUUCCUUCUCCCUUCCUUUUUUUCUCUUUCUUUCUUUUUCCUUCCUCCUCCCUUUCUUUCUUUCCUUCCUUCCUGGUUUCUUGCUGUUCUUUUCUUUCUUUGGUGUGAACCACCAUGCCUGGAUUCUUCCCCUCCCUCCCUUCCUCCCUCCCUUUCUCCCUCCCUUCCUCCUUCCCUCCCUUCCUCUCUCCCUUCCUCCCUCCCUUUCUCCCUCCCUUCCUCCCACCCUUCCUCCUUCCCUUUCUUUCUUUGGUGUGAACCACCAUGCCUGGAUUCUUCCCCUCCCUCCCUUCCUCCCUCCCUUCCUCCUUCCCUCCCUUCCUCCCUCCCUUUCUCCCUCCCUUCCUCCUUCCCUCCCUUCCUCCCUCCCUUUCUCCCUCCCUUCCUCCUUCCCUCCCUUCCUCCUUCCCUUUCUCCCUCCCUUCCUCCUUCCCUCCCUUCCUCCCUCCCUUUCUCCCUCCCUUCCUCCUUCCCUCCCUUCCUCCCUCCCUUUCUCCCUCCCUUCCUCCUUCCCUCCCUUCCUCCUUCCCUUUCUCCCUCCCUUCCUCCUUCCCUCCCUUCCUCCCUCCCUUUCUCCCUCCCUUCCUUACUUUAUUCCUUCCCUUUUCUUUCUUUUUCCUUUUUCUUUUCUUUUUGAGACGGAGUUUUGCUCUUGUCUCCCAGGCUGCAGUGCAGUGGUGCAAUCUCAGCUCACCGCCACCUCCACCUCCCAGGUUCAAGCAAUUCUCCUGCCUCAGCGUACUGAGUAGCUCGGAUUACAGGCACCUGCCACCAUGCCCAGCUAAUUCUUGUAUGUUUAGUAGAGACGGAGUUUCGGCAUGUUGGCCAGGAUGGUCUCAAACUCCUGACCUCAAGUGAUCUGCCCACCUUGGCCUCCCAAAGUGCUGGGGUUACAGGCGUGAGCCACUGUGCCCGGCCCCAUUUUAUAUAUAUAUAGCUUUAGCUCUAAUAUUUUGAGAAAGUUCUUCAAGGCCCUGGUGCAAUGCCACCUCCUCUGAGAAGCUGUCCCUGGUUUCUUCUCAGGCAGAGUGAAUGACUCCCAGACGUCAUUAACUUCCAUCUUACAACUCAUGAAUCAGAUCUUGCCCCUCCCCUGCUUCCACAUCCUCCAUGGCUCCCUAUUGUCCCGGACGUUCAGCCUGGUGUUGGGGACCUGUGUGGUCCAGCCCUGCCCACCUCACUGCCCUUUCCCAUGCUGCUCCCCUGAGCCUCCUCCCGACCACACCACCUCCCUCCGGAAGGUUUCCUUUUCCUGCACCAGUCCUUUCACCAGAAUGCCACCUGCCUCCACUUUUUCUCACUCUGAAACUUCUUCCAAGACAUCGGGUCUCACUCUGUUGCCCAGGCUGGACUGCAGGGGCACUGUCAUAGCUCACUGCAGCCUCCAACUCCUGGGCCACUCACUCAGCCGAGCUUUGAAAUAUGGGGUGGUUCUGGUGUGUCUUCUCACUGCUGUGCCCAGGGCCUGGCAUAAGGUGGGUAUACUCACUGAAUAUGUUAAGGGGCACCUGCAGUCAUUCAGGACGGCUUCUGGGUGGUGGCAUUCCCAGCAGAUAUACCUCACUGCUGGAAGUGGGUAGUCUGUCCCCCAAGACACCCAUCACCAUUCCUCUCAGACUCAGGGUGGACAGGCAGUUUGGUGUGGGGAGGGGGCUGGACUCAGCACACCUCGGAAUUCCAAGAUCCUAAACAGGAAGUAUAUGUAACCUGGGACACGUGUUGUGUAUGAAAAUAUUCUUCACAGCUUAUUUGUUUCUCCCUCUGUUUAUAUAAGAAAGAAUGAGGUGUCACUAACAUGGAAGUGCCAGAAACAGGAGAGGCGAUGAACUCACCCCUCAGGCUGGGGACAGUGCUGCAAAACAAGGCACUUGGUGGCAGAUAGACUUGGCUGUGAGCUGCCUGUGUGGAAAGGUGACUCCCAUGUGGGAAGAGACAGAGGCAGGUCCCUCUGCCCCAGCCCCUAAAAAGGGACGUUCUAAGGAACUAGGAAGGAUGGAGGGACGGAGGGAAGCUGAGGUCAGGUCUCAGCUGUUUCAGAAACAGAACACCAGCCUGGGCAGCAUGGCGAAACCCAGUGUCUACAAAAAAUACAGAAAUUCCCCGGGCGUGGUGGCAGGUGCCUGUAGUCCCAGCUACUCAGGUGGCUGAGGUGGGAGGAUCCAUGGAGCCCGGGAGGUUGAGGCUGCAGUGAUCCGGGAUUGUACCAGUGCACCCCAGCCUAGGCAACAGAGUCUAAAAAUAAAAAAGAAACAAAAGCAGGGAGAUGGAGAAAUAGAGGGUCGGGAAUGCCCAAGGCUGCUCUUGGAGCUCACAGGUGUCCUGGCAUCCCCGAGAACAUCUUCCCACUCAUGCCUUGAGCCUUUCCACUCACCCCAUCCCAGGUCCCCUGGAGAAACUGAGGCCCGGGAGAGGAGGAUCUUCCCAAGGUCACUUUCCCUUAUCCUGGACACCACAGGGAACGGUUUGGACAGCUUUA